UCUUUUCACUUUCUCCAUCUCACACUUAUAAAUUUGAGGACCAAACUCACUUUUUUCUUUUACGAGGAGGAACGCCUCCAAACUUGUUCUGCAUUUUUUUCUCUUCACGAAUCUCCUCCACCAACCAAAAGAGGAGAAUCAAGUACACAUCACAACAGUACUUAUAAAAAAAGUACGCAUCACUACACAAUCCUGUGAUUUCUCUCUCUCUCUCUCAUAAAAGGGUUCUUUUCAAUCUGAAGCGCACACUUUGAUCUUUCUCUGCAAAAACUUAAACCUUCCCAUCUCCAUUUCUUUUUCAGUGAUCGGACGGUGGUGGUGCAAUGAGAACCGAGCGUGGGAAGAUCUCCAAGUCUUCUUGGCCGAAAAUUAUCGUGAGAAAAUGGCUAAAUCUACAGAGCAGAGGAGACGAGUUUCACUCCGAUUCUUUUGCGUUAAAAGCAGAUAAAACCGAGAGGAGGAAAAGUUGCUCGGACAAAGACUGCUACGUCGUCGUUCCGGAAAAGUUUUCAGGUUGGUUGAUGGAGGCAAAUGAUGGGCCAGGAUUUGAACCAGUAGCACCAGCUUUGACAGAUACACAAAACCUCAGGAUGUUCGUGGGGACAUGGAAUGUUGGAGGAAAAUCGCCCCACGAGGGCUUGAACUUGAAAGAUUGGCUGAGGUCCCCUGCACCUGCUGACAUCUAUGUUCUUGGUAGGCAGUUUUCUAACAGUGGAAACUCUCACUCGACCAAGUUGCCCAUUGAUUAUGGAGUUAUAACAAAGUUCCAAGAAAUUGUCCCUCUAAAUGCCGGGAACGUACUGGGCGCAGAGGAUUACGGCCCAGCUACCAAGUGGCUUUCCCUCAUUCGUCAAGUUCUGAACACAAAAGACCCUGAAUUUCCACAAUAUAACAACAAUGCCACUGGUGCAGAACUUUCACCACAGGAUGACGAGCAUGGGAGCUUGAAGCCAAGACUGAGCUUCUCAGACUUACUUUCAUUAGAAGAUGAACUUGGCAUAGAGGAUUUCCAAAAAAUGGUGGACUCAAAUAUGAAUUUGGAAGAAUGCUCGCCCGGCUCACCAUUCAACUCCGAACAAGAUGGUUCAACUCAGCAACGUUUCUGCCUAGCAGCGAGCAAGCAAAUGGUAGGAAUUUUCUUAUGCGUGUGGGUUCGAGCCGAUCUUUACAAACACGUUAGUAAUUUGAAGGUCUCCUGCGUUGGCAGAGGCAUUAUGGGAUAUCUUGGGAAUAAGGGUUCAAUAUCAAUCAGCAUGACAUUGUACCAGACGACAUUUUGCUUUGUAUGUACCCACUUAACCUCCGGGGAGAAAGAUGGCGACGAGGCUAGAAGAAAUUCAGAUGUGGUGGAAAUUUUAAAGAAAACAAGGUUUUCACAUUCAUCUAGAGGUCCUGAACAGACGAUACCUCCUGAUACCAUAUUGGAGCAUGACAAGAUUAUUUGGCUUGGGGAUUUGAAUUAUCGGCUUGCGGUUGGUUGUGGUAACAUGCAUGAUCUACUAAGGAAGCAUGAUUGGGAGGCACUUUUAGAGAAGGAUCAGCUAAGGAUAGAGCAGAGAGCUGGUAGAGUAUUCAAAGGUUGGGAAGAAGGGAGAAUAUACUUUCCACCUACUUACAAGUACCUCACCAAUUCUAACAGUUACGUUGUCCAAACCUCUAAAUCUAAAGAGAAAAGACGAACUCCUGCCUGGUGUGACCGCAUAUUGUGGAAAGGUGAAGGGCUAAAACAAAUAUGGUACCUUCGAGGAGAGUCCAAAUUCUCAGACCACAGACCUGUCUAUUCACUAUUCUCAGUCCAAAUAGACAUAGCAAACAAAUACAAGCCAACCAGUACCACAUCCACCAAGUUCUGCACAAAUAGACUGUCAACAAACUCUGCCUUGUCAACCACGUGUGCAGCCAAAGUUCAAGCCGAGGAACUUUUGUUAGUUAGCAGAGCACGAAGCUGCAUUCACACUGCGUCCAGGUUUUGAGUCACUCUCACUCACUGCCCAAAUUUGAGAAAGAAAUAACACUAAAAAUAGAGUACACCCUAGAGAGCUGUAAUACUCUGACAGACUAACAGACAAAGCUCGAACACCGAAAAGCAUAUAUCCCACUGGCAAUUUUUUUUAACUGGGUGGGCCGGCGUGCAAGGUGGGCGAUCAUGGACUGGCCUAGAUAGAGCCUCUGUUUCUUUCUGUGUCUUUUAUGUGAUUUUCAAAGCAGAUGAAGAGAGAGAGAGAGUCAGAGAGAGAGCCUUAUAAUUAAAAAUCACGUGGGUGCGCCGUGCCAUGCUUGUGCCAGUGUGGUAAAAUUUUGAAAUGUGGAAAAUUGUAAAUACUUAGGAGUGAUGAUGAGGAACAUGAUGACUAUAGGUUGGUGGUGAAUUUAAGGAGUGAGUUUGAAGCAAAAGACAAAGGGGAAAAUGGAUAUAGGGGAAGUUGUUGCUGGAUGGAUCUGUGGGGGUUUUGAAGUCAUGCGUGUCUAUAAUUUUUUUGAAGCUGUGUUUUUUGAUUGAAGGUCUAUUUUGUAUUUGGUUCAGUGCUUAGGGAAUUGGUUCAGCUUUUGCAGAGAAAUGGCUUACUAUAUUCAUUUAUUAUUUUGUGGGAGAGAAGAGACAAAUAGAGAUUGGUUUACAACUAGAACUGUACAGUAAAAGGUGGAUGGUGUUUUGGUCUUUACCUUUUCUUUAUAAAAAACAAAAUUAUGAUUUUACAACUAAUGAAAUCUACCGCUAAUGUUACGAAUCUACCAACAUGUUUGUUGGAUUUA